GUGACCUGUCUGUCUCUGCCUGUGGCCGUCUUGCCAUUUCUCUUUCUCUGCCACUCUUUCUGUCUCUCCUUCCAUAGUCUCUGCCCUGAUCUCCCGCUCCCCUGACCUUUCCCUUCUCUCCCACUGAUCCGACGCUGCCCCCCUUGCCCAGGGCCCUUGCACUGGCCCCGAGGUGAGGCCUCCCCCUGUGCGCAGGGUCUGUGCGGAUGGCCUCGGCGGGCCCCGCGGGGGCUCUGGGGGCAGUGUUGGGGGGCCUGGGGCUGGAGGUGCGAGACUGUGACUCGGGACCCACCGAGAUCCCGCCGGUGCGGAUCCGGAGGAGCGUCUGCUACAUCGUGCUGGCCGUUUUCCUCAAUGAGCGGGAUGAAGUGCUGAUGAUCCAGGAAGCUAAAAGAGAGUGCCACGGUUCUUGGUAUCUGCCUGCUGGGCGAAUGGAGCCGGGGGAGACCAUCUUGGAGGCCCUGAAGCGGGAGGUGAAGGAAGAGACAGGGCUGGAUUGCCAGCCACUGACGCUGCUGGCCGUGGAGGAGCGAGGUCCCCGUUGGAUCCGCUUUGCUUUCCUCGCUCGCCCUACAGGGGGGAUGCUCAAAACCCUCGAUGAGGCAGACGAAGAGUCUCUACAGGCUGGCUGGUACCCCCGAGCCUCACUGCCCUCCCCUCUGCGUGCCCAGGACAUCCUGCCCCUGAUCGAGCUGGGUGCCCGCUACCUCCGGCGUGCCGACCACCCCGCCACCUUACCCCAAGAGCUGCCCUGCGGCGGCAUCUUCCAGCGGCUGGUGGCGGUCUUUGCCAGUGCUCAGAACGUGUGGGUGUUGGUGGGCACCGCGGGGGACCCCCACUUACCCGUCACGGCCUGCGGCACGACUCCCUCAGAGCAGCGAGGCGGCAUGGCGUUGGCUGUGCUGCGGUUGCUGCGGGAGUGCCUGGUGCCGUCCCAGGUGGAGGUGGAGACCCUGGGGGUGCUGGGAUUGCAGCACCUGGGCAAGGACCAGGCAGAUGGCCUCUGCCUGAACGUGCUGGUGGCCGUGACCCACAGGAGCUCGGGCGCCCCGCGCCAGCCCCCCGGCGUGCAGGGCGACGGCUUCCGCUGGUGGCAAGUAGAGGAGGAGGACCUGAGGAGGCAGCUCCUACAGAGGCUCCGCGACUCGUCCGUCGUUCCCAUCCACAGCUAGAGGAGCCGAAGACCGCCGGGCGGCCCCCCGGGUGACCCUCGCGGGAAGGGCAGGAGGGGCAACACGGAGGGGCGAGCCGCGCUCUUCCUCCUUCCCUCCUCCUGCUCCCUCCAACCCCCACCCGGCAUGGAACCGCAUACCGCUUAUCUUGCCUUCUGAGAAGGAUGGCCCCCGCCGGGGAGGACAUUUGGAUUUAAGAGACUUGGGUACACAGAGUUCCCAAACUGCCUAGACUUGGAGUUUCUUGGAGUUGCUUGGGCUGCCGACGGCACCGGGUCGACUUUUUGCCUGUAACGCCUCCGCUUUGCCGAGGGUGCCCUGCCUCGCUGUACCGCCGGCCUCGCCCCCCACCUUGGCUCGCAUCUCCCUCCUUAACGUCAACUCCGUCCCUGGAAGGGUUCAAGGGGAACCUCUGUGAGUACCUUUCCCGAGUAAAUGGUCAUCAGGCUGCCUUACUACCCCA